AGGAACGCCCUAAAGCUGAAUCACAGUGAAACAUGCCAGCAACAUCAACGCAGCAGCUCACCGAUCUUGGCAGCACGACAGUUAUCGUUCACCCAUUGGUGCUGUUGUCUGUUGCAGACCACCACGCGCGUGCAGCCGCACGCGCGCCAAAUAAGCGUGUCAUUGGCGUUCUUUUGGGGCAAGAUCAUGGGAAGACUGUAAAUGUCGCCAACUCUUUCGCUAUUCCCUUCGAGGAAGAUGAGAAGGACAGUAAGACUUGGUUUUUGGACCAUAAUUAUAUCGAGGGGAUGUGGCAGAUGUUCAAGAAAGUGAAUGCUAGAGAAAGAAUGAUCGGGUGGUAUCAUACCGGGCCGAAGCUACGAGGGUCGGACCAAGAGAUUAAUGACCUCUUCAAGCGAUUCAUCCCUCGACCAGUGAUGGUCAUCGUGGAUGUUCGUCAACAGGAAGUUGGCAUUCCAACCAACGCCUACUUUGCCGUCGAAGAGAUUAAAGACGACGGUACCGAAACCCGGAAAACGUUCUUCCAUGUCCCCUCCGCUAUCGAAGCAGAAGAAGCAGAGGAAAUUGGUGUAGAGCAUCUCUUACGCGACAUCAAACACAGCACUACCACAACUCUCACCACUCGCGUCGCGGAACAACUCUCCUCACUUCGUGGACUCACCUCGCGUAUAUCCGAAAUUCGCGAUUACCUCCAUGCGGUAGCUAACUCCCAGUCCACCGUAACCCCAUUCAAUUCUACUUCACCCUCUACAUCUGUUUCAUCACUUUCACCAAAUCCCCUCCCUGUCAACCAUCAAGUUAUUUACCACCUCCAAGACGCACUCAAUCUCCUGCCCGACCUCGACAACACCUCACUCACAUCAGCCUUCACAACAAACACAAACGACCAACUAUUGGUGAUAUACUUGAGUGCUCUUGUUAGGAGUGUGAUCGCGUUAGAAAAGUUAGUUGAGAACAAAGCCCAAAAUGGUGUUGCCGAGCUCGAGGAUGCACCGGGUGGUGCGACGAAUGAGAAGACCAACUCGGCAGGGAAGAAAGGGAAGGCACAGCUCAAUGGGACGGCAAAGGAAGGGAAGGAUGGCAGGGAAGGGGCCGGGAAGGAUAGUAACUCCUCCGAUAAGUAAAUGAUAGAAUUACCUUUAACACCUUCCGCACGGAAUCAAAAAGGCUUGCGACGAUCGGUUACUUUAAUUUGAGAUUUGCUAGAGUGCUCGCCAUGCUUCGCAAGAACCUGCCUGCAUUAUUUCAGCCCAAUGAACACUUAUUAUCGAUAUUGAUUAUAUAUACUGAGUAUUGCG